AUGUUGCAUAUUCACCUCCCACUAUUCCCUCCACAGAUAGAUGCUUUCAUUGACAUAAACUUCGAAGUGACCUGUAUCCAAGGUCUGUACGCCGUUCGACAUCUUGCAUUUGACUUGGCUAAGAUUUGUCGAGAUGAACAGCUUAAGGCUCAGCUGACUUCGCCUUUGCUGCCAAUCGAGAAAGAUCGCAGCCAUCUAUUUCCUCUUGCCAAAGGAUGGUUAGGCAUCUGCCGCGAGACUCAUAUUCAAUGUCAGGGGGUGCCAAUAGGACUUUGGGCUAGUCCAUCCAUAAAUAUGCGGCUUCUCAACAUUGUUUGUGCACCAACCGGGGAAGAUGUUGUAAGGUUGUGUGAAUUAUCCGAAUUGAGAAAAAGCAUCGGUUCUGUUGAAUACUCAACCCUAAGUCAUUGCUGGGGCUCAAGAAGAUUCUUGACGCUGACCAAAGAGACAAGUGCUGACCUGAAAAAAGGCAUUUCGCGCUCAAGAUUGUCUCGAACUUUCCAGGAUGCCAUUCAAGUGAGUGCAAAAAUAGGCGUAGAAUACAUCUGGAUCGACUCGUUGUGUAUAUUUCAAGACUCAGUUCUAGAUGUAAGUGCAGUAAUCUAUGGUUUUAUCAAGUCCGAUGAACACGCUAGAAAUCAAGGAUUUUGCCCCGAGAGUCGCGAUUUCAUCCUCAAAGAACUUGUUCAAAGUGCAAUCAAUAAUACUGACAGAAUUCAUCAUCAGUGGCAAGAGCAGUCCACUCUUAUGACAGAGAUAUAUCAAAGGGGCGUUUUCAAUAUCGCCGCCUCCGCUGCCGGUGACGGAUUUCUAGAUUAUUUCUCGAUCCCUCGCCCGCCGACCUUCACUCCGCCAUGGGGUAACCAAGAAAAGAUAGAGUUACAUGUUGCACGGAGAAACAGCUUAUACGAACACUUAAGUGGCGCACCGCUGAACCAGAGAGGCUGGGUUCUUCAGGAAAGACUUCUUUCUCCCCGGAUACUGCACUUCACCCGGUAUCAGAUGUACUGGGAAUGCUACCAAACAUUGGCCUCCGAGGAAUACCAGCAUGAACUCCCGUCCGAUUUGGAAGAUUUUCGUUCUACCCAGAAUAUGGCAGGCGACUGGCUGCGUAUGGACGCAGAGUCUUGUAAUCGCCAAUAUUUACAUGAUAGAUUCUACCACGUUGUCCAAGAAUACUCGGGCUGUGCUCUCACAAAGCCGCAGGAUAAGCUAAUAGCUAUAUCAGGAAUAGCGAGAAUUCUGCAACAAAAGUUGGAAGACGAAUACGUGGCUGGCUUUUGGCUCAAGUCUCUUCCACAGGCACUGUUAUGGUAUAUUUCUGAUUUUGGGGGCUCACCUCAAUCACCCGAAUUCCAAUACCGAGCCCCUUCAUGGUCGUGGGCUUCUGUCGAUAAGACAGUGAGAUUUGACAGAGUUGAGAAAUUUGAACGAUCUCAUAAGUCUGGGUUGAGGUGCAAGCUUCGUGAUUACUCCAUUGACCUGGCCACUUCUGACCCUUUUGGGCAAGUCUCGGGUGGAUGGAUUAGAUUAUCAGGGCUUUUGUAA